UGUCUGCAGCGAGUUUCUUUCUGCAGGUACAAACAACGCAACAGGCGGCUAGAGAGUAGAGCCACUUACCUGGCUUGUUUAACGGCAGGUUUAUGCUCUGGUAACGGCGGCGAUCGGGUUGAAGGGAGGGAACUUCUUCCAGUAGAGGUUUGACGUCGUCUUUUAUGUCUGUAAACAGGAGCAACAGUGAAAUAGGUAGAUAAUUUGGCCCUUGGCAGUUGGCAGCUUCUUCUGUGAAGUACUAACACACCGGCGACAGAAUAGGCAACAAUACAGCCUUAUACAACAAUGAAAUUCACCUUAUAGAACUUGAAUGUCAUUACCAGGCUGCCUCCCCAUUGUCCCUCUCCCGCAACCAGCCACAUUUCGCCCUACAGGUCCAGCACGUGAUGUGGCGCCAACUGUUACCGCUUGCGACUCGCGCAGCUCCACUUCCCGGAUUCUGCAGUGGAAGAAGGUUCACAGGAAGUGACGCGGCGCAGGUGACAAUCAAUCUAUUCAAGUUGUAUAACAAAUAUAUCAACAUCGCUAUCUGGCGCCCAGUCUCCGUCCUUCUUCACUGGCUACAGGACAGCACUCCUCCCUUAUCUGCCUCUCCAUUUGCUCAAACACAGACGGAGACUUCCGACACUCCUUUGGCCUUCACCAUCAUUUAUCCAUCCAUCGUUUGCGCACUUGACUCGGCACGCGUCCGAAACGCGCUCGACUCACCAUUCUGUGGCCUACGAUUGAGAAUGAGCCUGAAAGAGCCAGCCCUAUCUGUUUUGAGGGCAAUGACAGAGCCGAAGUCCUAUCCUUCGCGGUGAAUGAGACAAGGAUGUGGCGGCUUGUAUACCUGGUCCUGUUCUUUGUCCGCAUCUACUUUGCGCUCUCUCCGAGUUAUCUUCACCCGGACGAGAUCUUUCAGGGUCCGGAACCGAUUGCUGGCUAUACCUUUUCUUAUCCCACCCAGCAUACGUGGGAAUGGACGUCCUCCCACCCCAUCCGCAGUGUCUUCCCUCUCUGGCCUGUUUAUGGCCUGCCGAUGGUUUUGUUGAAGUGGAUCGGGGCGCAAGAUGAAGAUGGCCUCGUCAGCCCUGCGGCGAUAUACUAUACCUUGCGCCUCGUCAUGUUCAUGCUCAGCUUUGUGCUCGAAGAUUGGGCAGUUCAUGAUUUGGUCCGGUCUCCGCGCCAUAGGAAACAGGCGGUCCUCCUAGUCACAUCAUCGUAUGUGACGUGGACCUUUCAAAGUCACACCUUUUCAAAUUCUGUCGAGACUCUGCUUGUCCUAUGGAGUCUGAUUGUUUUAGAGCGGAUCGUGAGUGAGAAUAAGCGAUCAGCCAUUGCCUCCAGCGUUGUGUUAGGCUUCCUCGUUGUAUUCGGAACCUUUAACAGAAUUACUUUUCCCGCUUUUCUCGUGAUACCCGGCAUACAGUUGUUGCCACACUUUUGGAACAGACCCUUUUGCUUUCUUGCCAUGGCCCUCUCAGGGCUCUUUUGGACCCUGGUAGCCGUCAUCGUUGACACGGCAUACUUUUCUGGACCUGCCGCCACCAAGUCGUUUGGUGCUUUGUACCACCACGUCCGGCACGCUCCUGUUUUAACACCACUAAACAACCUACUGUACAAUACUCAAACGGCCAACCUGGCACAACAUGGCAUCCAUCCGCACUACCAACACCUUGUUGCCAAUCUACCACAACUUCUCGGGCCGGCCCUUGUGGUUCUCAUUGCUUCCGCCUACCCUUUCAACCUCCGCAUCCUCAAAACGAUGCUAAGCAACACCCGCUUGUCCUCUGCGCUCACGGGGACGUUGGUAUUGAGCAUCAUUCCGCAUCAGGAACCACGCUUCUUGCUCCCGACCGUGCCCUUACUCCUCAGCUGCAUCCGUCUCCCUACCUCUCAGAAGUGGCGCAGAAUCUUCUUGAUCAGCUGGGCUGCGUUCAACAUUGCACUCGCGACACUCAUGGGAGUCUACCACCAAGGCGGCGUGAUACCAAUGCAGCUGGACGUGCCGUCUAUUGUCGUCCAAUCCCUCAACACCACCCACUCCGCCGCUCACAAUAUCGAAGUCUUUUGGUGGAAGACCUACCCACCCCCAAACUUCCUUCUAGGCAAUGAACCCCUGCACCCGGCCACCAACAAAUCUCUCAACAUCUCGACCGUGCCUCUCAUGGGCUUCCCGCAGCGCGAACUCGUCUUCAUGUUGAUGCAGCACAUGCCGACCUGCGACCCGUCGCUGGUCGAACGCCUGGUUUUGCACAAGGAGAAAACCGACGUUUUCGUCGUCGCUCCCUUGGCUGCAUGGCGCCUCGAGGGUUACGACCAAUACCCGCCCGUGUCCAACUUCAGCUUCUCGGUCUCCUUCGACGUCCCCCCCGCCAGCCUGACCAUGACCAAUCUCGCGACCUACCGAAAACACGUGAACCUCGACGAUAUGGACUUCGCCGACGGUGGUGUCAUGCCUACGCUGGAAAGGGUGGUGGGCAGACGCGGGCUAGGCAUCUGGAGAGUGGACAAGGACUGCCGCCAUGUCGUGAUCGUUGCCGAGUCCACCCAAUGAGCAUGGAAAUAGUGCCAUCCCAGUACAAUACUAGUAAACUGAUAAGAGAGGUUCUGGCCAUCCUUGAGGCUAAUGAGCCGGCAGCAGUAUGUCUGCCUGUCCUUUUCGUUCAUUGAAACUGCGCUAUUAAUGGUGCUACUGCUGCUGCUGGUCCUCCAGGUGAAACUGUAUCUUAGAAACAUGCACGAUAAACCACGGUGAACAGGCUCUAGUGUGUGGUAAUGAAUGCUCUAAUGGUUAGGUUGUAGAACAGGGAACAAGCUAAAGGUAUUGGUUGGCGGUUCUUUCAUUCUUGGAUCUACAGACUGACCAGCUGAGCUUUGUGUUCAGUUCCACUGCUCGUCCUCGCUGCUCCUGAUCGCAUGAAAACUUGUUUGUUAAACCAUGAUAAGCACUGGGCAUUGGGCUGUCCUGUCCUCUCCUGUUCGUCCGUUGUCGAACGAC